AUGCCACGAGCAUCCGACUGGGAUCCUGGCAACUCGACGGAUGAUGAGUGGUACAGGCAGAAAAUCACAAAAGACACUCUGAACAUUCAUACCCGUCAUGUUCAUCCCCCCGCACCCCGCCCCCCACCGCGGAGAGUCCAAGACGACGAGGUCUAUCGUCCUGACUACGGUCGUCGCACGACAGAGUUUCUGGCUCCAGAAGUGCACUAUACAACCGGUCUCCAUCGAACUCGCUCACAAGGUCAUGCGCCUGCUCCCAACGUGACAAUUUACAACACCAGUCACCUGGAUAACGAUAGCCACCCCCGUAUAAGCACUGAGCAGAAGGGUCAAGACGCCAGUCCUCGUGGCCGACGCAUGCCUGGUGGGUUUGAGGACCUGGAAGAUAACAUCGCUGCGCUGCGAGCAGACAUAAAGAAGGAGCAUCGUUCGCGCUCUAGGCACGAGUAUGAGCAUCAACGUGCUCCCGAGCCGAACUACGAAGACAAGAUCAAAUUGACGCUUGCCGAACAGCGUCUCAGAGACCUUGAAGAUAGACUUGAGAGGGAGCGCCAGGAGCGAUACCAUCAUCAUUCGCCAGACCGUAGUUACGAGGACAAAGUCAAGUUGACACUUGCCGAGCAGCGGCUUCGGGACGCUGAACAGCAACUCGAAAGAGAAAGACGUCAUCACUCUUCAGAUGGCUACAAGGAUAAGGUACAAGAGGCACUAACACAACAACGCCUUGAAGAAGCCGAGGAAAAGGCUGAACGGGAUCGUUGGGAGAAGGAAACGGAGAGACGGGAGGAAUUGGCCAGGCGCAGGGUUGAGCUUGACUUCAUCCAUGAUAGAAGGGACCGUGAGCUAGAAGCGGAAAACAUCAAGAGAAUGGAGGAGAGUAUGCGUCGCGAUUGGGAGUUGAAGCGAGAGAGGGAAGACCGAGACCGCGAGCGACGCGAUAUCGACGAGGAGAGGAAGAAAGCUCAAAUUAUCGCCGAGAACAGGGCGAAGAUGUCCAGAGAGCAAAGGGAGGCUGAGGAACAGCGCGACAAGAUGCUCGCUAAACUAGAAAGGGAGCAGAGAGAGCAGGAUGACGAACGCAAGCGAAUUCUCGCCGAAGCCAAGCUCAAGCAAGCCAGAGAGCAACGCGAGGCCGAGGAACAGCGUGAGAAAAUCCUAUCUGACAUGGAGAAGAAGAAGAAGCGAGAGAACGAAGAACGCGCGCGCAUCAUUGCGGAGAACACGGCUAAGCUUGAGAAGGAGGCACGUGAGCGUGAACUCAAGGAAAAGGCUUUUGAAGAAGAGCGCAAGCGAAUCAUCGCUGAUAACGAAGCCAAAGUAGCUAAACAAGCAAGAGAGGCAAAGGAAGCUCAACAGCGUGCUGUCGAUGAAUACCAACGGAAGAAGGCCAAAGAAGAGGCCGAAGCUCAAGCAGAGAAAGACCGUAUCAUCUAUGAGUACGAGCGCAAGAAGAUUCUCGACGCCGACAAGGAGAAGCGAGCAAAGGAGGAGCUCAUCAUGAAGCUCAAACUCGAAGAAGAAGAGCGAAAGCGCAAGGAAAAGGAGGAAUUCGACGCUUUCACGCGAAAGCAGCAAGCGGCAGAAGAAGCCGAGAAGCGAAAGAAAGAGGCCCAAGAGAAGGAGCUCGAGGAGACGAUGCGCAAGCGACUUGCUCAAUUUGGCUUCCAAGACAACCAGAUCCAGGCGCUCGUCAAUCCGGACAAGCAGCGUGAGCUCCAGGCAGGCAUGAUGCCUAACCAUCCUCUCCAUCCAAUCGCUCCUCCUGCGCCUCCGCCACCACCGCACCACCACCACUCUCAUUCUCACUCGCACUCCUCUUCGCAUCAGAUCGCCAUUGCGCCGCCACCUACCUACGCCAAGGUACACAGAAGCCAUCUCGACGUGGAGACGCUGCACUACUACGACAUCCCAUAUGAAUUCGAUGUUAACCCCGAAUACAUCAUCGUCCUCCGCGAAAUGUCCCAACGCGAAACCGACAUCCUCUUCGAGCAUACCCGUCGUCUGCGCACUGGACACGGUAGCAAGUUGUUUAUUGAAUCGGAAGGGAGGGAUAGACACGGUAAGAAGGAGUAUGCUUUUGUGAGGAAGAAGUCGAGGUCUAGGUCUAGGAGUGUGGUUGGGGAUAACGAGUUUGAAGCCUUUCAAGCCGGCGGCCGGCCUCUUCAAACACAAAACUUCCAACCUUUCGAUCCACGAUUCGCGCAACCUCUUCCCCAGUUUGCGCAAGCUCCACAAGCACCCGACUGGGCGGCCGACUUUCAACGCUUGAAUGUUAGCAGUCCGCCUCCACAGACGUUGCAACAACAGCGACAGCAGCCGGCGAGCGCAGCGUCAGCAUGGCAUCAGGACUUCUUGAGGCAGCAGGCUCCGGUCGUACAGGCGCCUGCAUUACAGCAAACCCCGUACGGAGGUAUGUCGGGAUACAACAUGGGUGGAUUUGGUGGACAAGCAUACAUGCAGACACCGACUUUCCAGAACGCCCAAGUCUCAGAGGUCGCGCAAGGGAAGCAGCGCGCCCAGGAUGACGUACCAGCGUUCGACGAGGCGGCUUUCGAACAAGCAUUUGCGCAGGCGCAACAAGACAUGAUGGAGACGGCAGAGGCAGAGCAAGUACACACACAGCCAGCGCAAGAGGCGCUGGAUCUGGACCGGCCGGGUGAGAUGGAUCCUCUUCUUCAACGGAUACGAGAAACGCGGCCAGCUGUCUACUCCGCCAUCCAAGUCUGGAGCGAAACCGGUCUCGGGCGAACCGACGAAGCAGUAGCCUACCUCGAGAACAUGGAUCGCCUGGAGAAGAGCGGCACUCUGGUCCAAGACGCGAACGAAGGGAAAUGGAUUGUCGAUUCUCUUCAAAGAAUCGUGAACCGCGAUGCGCCUCAAGAAGUCAAGACCCGCGCCGAAGAGCUCAUCAAGGCCAUCAACCAACGCCUCAUGUCGCAAUACCCACUCGGCUCACGCGUCCAGAUGAGCGAAGAGCAAAUAUGGCAGGAUCUAGAAGCAGCAGGCUACAUGCGAACACCAGAGCCGCUACAACACUUCGAACAGAAACCAGAAGAAGAGCAGAAGCAAGACCAACCGCCAAGAAACGAAGAUGAUGAGAUGGCGGCAACAGCAGGCCGGUUGCUAGAGCGCGUAGCAGACAACACAAGCGAGAAGUUCCAAAACUCACAGUUCCUCGGACUAAUGCGCCGCCUGCGCGACCGCGAAGUAAGAGUACAAGAAGACAAGAUCGUCGAAGUCGACGCCAGCACACAACAGUCACAGCCAACAAACACAAUGACCACACCCCAAACCACCAUCUCCCAACAACCAUCCCAAUCACAACCACCAUCAACCACGCAAAUCCCCGAAAUCGACCCCACAAUCCUCUCCCACGCCGCCACCGACUUCGAAGCCCCAAUCUACUACGGCGAAGAACCGCAACAACCACAGCAGUAUGCCCAGCCUCCUCCUCCUCUUCCUCCCCAAAGUAAUCCUCUCAGGGAGUCCCUAAUAACUGAUGAGAUUUCAGAACAAUAUAGAUACUACAAUGUCCAUGCCGCUUAUCACCGGUGA